GGAAACCCCCUCACGAAGCCGGGAAAACACUUCAGCCGCAGCCAAAUAGCAUUGAUUAUUUUCCUUCACUUCCCUCACCACCGUGAAUUUAUUUAUUUAUUUUUUCCAUCUCCGUCCCCGACGCCCCGGAGCGAGCGCUGGAGGGAGGGAGGAGGAGGGGAAAAAAAAGGAAUCAACACAUCGGAGAAGUCCCUUCCAAGAGCCGCCCCCUCCCCUCCCCGCCUCGCGCUGCUCGGCGGCCGCGGUUCGACUCCCGUCCCUGCUUCCAGCUGAGGUGUCCCUGGCUGUCGCGCUGAAAUGAACCCCCAGCACUCCUCCGUCUACGAUGGCCACCCUUAACGCAGCCUCUCCCACCGGCACCACCCCCUCCCCCAGGCACAAUGCCCCAUCCCCAGCUCCGGCCCCCGCCUCCUGCGGCACCCCCUCUGAUCCUGUCACCAAAGAUCCCCCUGCUGUCCCCUCCAGCUCUGAGAGCAUGAGGCCCUCAGAGCCGGGGGGACAGCCCUUAGAGUCGGGCUGUGGCCUCGUCCCACCAAAGGAGACUGGGGAGCCCCAGGAAGAGCCUGGCAGUGGUGGCUUCCCAGCCGAAGGCCCCGGGGUGGAGCAGGAGCAGGAAGAAGGGCUCCCUCCCCUGGACCUAAGCAACCACUUGUUCUUCACGGCGGGUGGGGAUGCCUACCUGGUGGCCACGCUGCCCCUGCCAGGCGGCAGUGACCUCCUGUUACCAAAGGGCUUUCCCUGGGGCGAGGCAGGCGGCGAGCAGGAGCCCAGCCUGCCCCUCCUUGCCCAGCCGCCCCCCACACACCUCACUGCCCUUCAUGUCCAACGUGGCUUUGACCCAACCCAAGGCUUUAGCUCUUCUGACCAAAUUCUGUCCCAUGAUACCUCAGCGCCAUCUCCGGACGCCUGUGAGGGAAGGGAUGGAGCCUUCUGGAGCUACCGGCUGGCUCUCAACCCGCCCGGAGAUCCCAAAGAUGGCCCCACAGGGAGUGGCGGGGGAGGCCACCGGGCGCCCUUCUGGCUCUGCCUCCUGUGCCGCCUGGGCUUCGGCAGGCCCCAGGCCUUCGGGAGCCACGCACAGUCUCACGGGGUGACGCUAAGCCCUGCCCAACACCAGGGCCUGCCGGGCAGCCCAGCUGUGCUCUGGGAGGGGGACAAGGGCUGCACGGCCCUCAUGAGCUUUCUGGAACCAAAACCCCCUGCCCGCGCCCCUCCAGAGAUAUCCCCUCACGACAGCAACACGGUCAACACAGAGGCGAACGCAGCCCAGACCGAGGUUGGCUCCCCCGAGGCAAGCGUCCAGGCCCUCGUGCUCCCCACUGAAGAAGUCAUGGCCCUCAGCCCACCCUCCCCAGCCACAACCCCGGCCACCUGGGACCCCAGCCCAACCCAAGCCAAAGAAUCGCCAGGAGCAGCAGGCGAGACAGGGCCAGACUGGUUCCCUGAGGCGCAGGACGAGGAUGGAGGGCCCUGCCCCCCACUCAACCAAAGCUCACCCACCUCCAAGGAGGGGGGCACUCUCCCCGCCCCCGUGGGCUCCCCGGAAGACCCCAGUGAGCCACCCCAGCCCUACCGCCUCGCUGACGACUACACCCCAGUCCCUGCAGCCUUCCAGGGCCUCAGCCUGUCCAGCCACAUGUCCCUGCUACACUCACGCAACUCCUGCAAGACACUCAAGUGUCCCAAGUGCAACUGGCACUACAAGUACCAGCAGACCCUGGACGUGCACAUGCGGGAGAAGCACCCCGAGAGCAACAGUCAGUGUAGCUACUGCAGCGCCGGGGGCGCCCACCCGCGCCUCGCCCGCGGGGAGAGCUACAACUGUGGCUACAAGCCCUACCGCUGUGACGUCUGCAACUACUCCACCACCACCAAGGGCAACCUCAGCAUCCACAUGCAGUCGGACAAGCACCUCGCCAACCUGCAGGGCUUCCAGGCGGCGCCCGCUGGGGGCUGCGGCGGCAGCGGUGGAGGUGGUGGUGGUGGUGGUGGCGGCGGGCAGGGAAGUCCCCCAGAGGCCUCCCUGCCGCCCUCCACCGGGGACAAAGAGCCCAAGACCAAAUCGUCCUGGCAGUGCAAGGUGUGCAGCUACGAGACAAACAUCUCCCGCAACCUGCGCAUCCACAUGACCUCCGAGAAGCACAUGCAGAACGUGCUGCUGCUGCACCAGGGCCUGCCGCUGGGCCUGCCUCCUGGGCUGGUGGGGCCCGGCCCGCCUCCCCCGCCAGGGGCUGCCCCUCCCAACGCACCUGAACUCUUUCCGUACUUUGGGCCCCAGGCCCCCUUGCCUGGCCCAGGGAUGAGGCCCGACAAGCCCCUGGAAGCCCAGCUGCUUCUCAAUGGCUUCCACCACCUUGGAGCACCUGCCCGCAAGUUCCCCACACCCGCCCCCGGCAGCCUCUCCCCUGAUGCCCACCUGCCUCCAAGUCAGCUCCUGGGCUCCUCGUCCGACGGCCUGCCCACCUCGCCGCCCCCGGAGGACAGCCCGUCCCUGAAGGUCUUCCGCUGCCUGGUGUGCCAGGCCUUCAGCACGGACAGCCUGGAGCUGCUGCUCUACCACUGCAGCGUAGGCCGCAGCCUCCCCGAAGCCGAGUGGAAGGAGGUGGCCGGCGACACCCACCGCUGCAAGCUCUGCUGCUACGGCACCCAGCUCAAGGCCAACUUCCAGCUGCACCUCAAGACGGACAAGCACGCUCAGAAGUACCAGCUGGCGGCCCACCUGCGGGAGGGUGGGGGGGCCCUGGGCGCCCCUUCCCCGCUGCCCCUGGGAGACGGGGCUCCGUACGGAUCAGUCUCCCCGCUGCACCUGCGCUGCAACAUCUGUGACUUUGAGUCCAACAGCAAGGAGAAGAUGCAGCUGCAUGCCCGGGGCUCGGCCCAUGAAGAAAACAGCCAGAUCUACAAGUUUCUGCUGGAAAUGGAGGGAGCAGAGGCAGGGGCCGAGCUGGGGCUGUACCGCUGCCUGCUGUGUGCCUGGGAGACGCCCUCCCGCUUGGCCGUGCUGCAGCACCUGCGCGCACCUGCGCACCGCGACGCCCAGGCCCAGAGGCGCCUGCAGCUGCUACAGAGUGGCCCGGCAGCCGAGGAAGGACUGGCAGCUCUGCAGAGCAUCCUGAGCUUCAGCCACGGGCAGCUCCGGGCUCCCGGCAAAGCUCCUGUCAUCCCCUCGGCCGAGCCGCCCACCCCUGAGAAAGAUGCCCAGCACAAGACAGAACAAGCGGCUUCUGAAGAGGCGGAGAACAAGACUGGCCUUUCUAGAGACGGUGCCAACCAGACCACGGUAUACUGCUGUCCAUACUGCAGCUUUCUGAGCCCAGAGUCUGACCAGGUGAGAGCUCAUACGCUCUCCCAGCAUGCAGUGCAGCCCAAAUACAGGUGUCCGCUGUGCCAGGAGCAGCUGGUGGGCCGGCCUGCGCUGCACUUCCACCUCAGCCACCUUCACAAUGUGGUGCCCGAGUGCGUGGAGAAGCUGCUGCUGGUGGCCACAACUGUCGAGAUGACCUUUACAACCAAAGUGCUGCCUGGGCCAACGCUGAGCCCCCCGGAGGAUGGCCCUGAGCCCCCCACCCCUGGGCCAGAGCAUACGGUCAGCAGAGAGCAGGCAGCAGAAGGCCCCAAGCUGCCCCCAGAAGCCAGUCCAGAUCCUCUCCCUGAGCCUGCCCUGGCCCCAGUCGAGGUCCCGGAGAAGACCUCAGGAAGCCCGGAUCCAGCCCCUUCCCCAGCCACCUCCCCAGUGCCCCGGCCUGAUGCUCAAGCUGAAGACGUGGCCCCUCCACCCACCACAGCUGAGGAGGAAGAGGGGAGCGUGGGGGAGCCCCGCUCUGCAGAGCCCACGCCAGCCGACCCUCGCCACCCUCUGACCUACCGGAAGACCACGAACUUUGCCCUGGACAAGUUUCUCGACCCUGCGCGGCCCUAUAAGUGCACCGUGUGUAAGGAGUCCUUCACACAGAAGAACAUCCUCUUGGUUCACUACAAUUCUGUGUCCCACCUGCAUAAGAUGAAGAAGGCCGCCAUCGACCCCUCUGCCCCUGCCCGGGGAGAGCCGGGAGCCCUGCCCACUGCUGCCACUGCAGCGGCUGCUGACAAGCCCUUUAAAUGCACCGUGUGCCGAGUCUCCUACAACCAGAGCUCCACCCUGGAGAUCCACAUGCGUUCGGUUCUGCACCAGACUCGGUCUCGGGGGGCCAAGGCUGACGCCAAGGCCGAGGGGCAGGAGCGUAGCCAAGAAGAACCCAGGGACGGCGAGAGCGAAGGGGAGGUGGGCGCCGAGAAGAAGGGUCCCGACCCCGGUGGCUUCGUGUCCGGAUUGCCCUUCCUGUCCCCUCCGCCCCCUCCCUUGGACCUGCACCGAUUCCCAGCGCCCCUCUUUACCCCGCCAGUCCUGCCCCCCUUCCCUCUGGUGCCCGACUCUCUGCUUAAGCUCCAGCAGCAGCAGCUGCUCCUGCCCUUCUACCUCCACGACCUCAAGGUGGGGCCCAAGCUGGCGCUAGCUGGGCCUGCGCCCAUGCUGACCCUGCCAGCCGCCACCCCUCCUGCCCCACCCCCGCCCCCCAAAGCUGAGCUGGCCGAGCAGGAGUGGGAGCGGCCCCCCGCAGCCACCGAAGAGGGGCCCGAGGCAGGGCCCUCCUCACCUCCCCACCCCUCGCCCAACGAGGCCGCCCGCACGGCAGCCAAGGCCCUUCUGGAGAAUUUCGGCUUUGAGCUGGUGAUCCAGUACAACGAAGGGAAGCAGGCUGUGCCGCCGCCCCCGACGCCCCCUCCGCCAGAGGCCCCGGGGGGCGGGGACAAGCUGGCCUGCGGGGCCUGUGGGAAGCUCUUCUCCAACAUGCUCAUCCUUAAGACCCACGAGGAGCACGUCCACCGCCGCUUCCUGCCCUUCGAGGCCCUGAGCCGGUACGCCGCCCAGUUCCGCAAGAGCUACGAUAGUCUCUACCCGCCCCCCGCAGAGGCCCCCAAGCCUUCCGCUGGGUCUCUGGAUACACCUGCUCCCCAGCUGGGCCCGCCCUUCCUGGUCCCGGAGCCCGAGGCAGGGGGCCCCCGGACCCUUGAAGAGCGGAGCCGGACAGGAGGACGCUGGCUCUCGGAGGAGGAAGAGAGCUCCAGGGGGACUCUCCCUUCCCUGGUGCCCGCGGGCCGCCGCUUCUCCAGAACCAAGUUCACGGAGUUCCAGACCCAAGCCCUGCAGUCUUUCUUUGAGACCAGUGCCUACCCCAAGGAUGGAGAGGUGGAGCGCCUUGCCAGUCUCUUGGGUCUGGCUAGCCGUGUGGUGGUGGUGUGGUUCCAGAAUGCCCGCCAGAAAGCCCGGAAAAAUGCCUGCGAGGGGGGACCCGUGCCAACCGGAGGGGCUGCCGGGGCGGCCUCUGGCUGCAGGCGCUGCCAUGCCACCUUCUCCUGCGUGUUUGAGUUGGUGCGGCACCUCAAGAAGUGCUACGAUGACCAGACUCCCGAAGAGGAGGAAGAAGAGGCAGAGAGAGGAGAAGAGGAGGAAGAAGCAGAGGCGGAGGACACUGCGGAGGAGGAACAGGGCCUCGAGCCCCCGGCAGGGCCUGCGGGUCCGCCCCCGCCAGCUCCGGAUGGGGAGGAGCGAAGCCAAACCCAGGCUGCAGAGGUGGCCAGCAAAGAGCCUGAGGGGAAGGCGCCGCCUUCGCCAGCGCCAGCGCCAGCCCACCCCUGUGACCAGUGCGCUGUCUCCUUCCCCAGCCAAGACCUCCUGACCAGUCACCGCCGGCUGCAUUUCCUGCCGGCUGUGCAGCCCAGUGCUCCUACCCAGCUACUAGAUUUGCCCUUGCUGGUGUUUGGAGAGCGAAACCCCCUGGUAGCAGGUACCCCGCCGGCACCGGGGCCACCCCUCAAACGGAAGCACGAGGACGGUAGCCUGUCCCCCACUGGCAGCGAAGCCGGGGGUGGCGGGGAGGGCGAGCCCCCCAGGGACAAGCGCCUGCGUACCACCAUCCUGCCCGAGCAGCUGGAGAUCCUGUACCGCUGGUACAUGCAGGACUCCAACCCCACGCGCAAGAUGCUGGACUGCAUCUCCGAGGAGGUGGGGCUGAAAAAGCGCGUGGUGCAGGUCUGGUUCCAGAAUACCAGGGCCCGCGAGAGGAAAGGCCAGUUCAGAAGCACCCCUGGGGGGGUGCCCAGUCCUGCAGUGAAACCGCCUGUCACGCCCAGCCCUGCCCCCUUCCCCAAGUUCAACCUCCUACUGGGCAAGAUCGAUGAUGGGCCUGGGAGGGAGGCCCCAAAGAAGGAUGUACCUGCUUUUCCCUACCCCACAGUCCCGCCUGCCUCCGGGCCUCCGCCUUUCCUAGCGCCUGGGAAAGAGGCCACCACCCCAACACCAGAGCCACCCCUGCCUCUCCCGCCUCCUCCACCCCCACCCCCACCCCCUCCCCCCAGUGAGGAUGAGGGCCCAGAGGAACCAUCUAAACCUUCUCCGGAGAGUGAGGCUUGCAGUCCGUCUGCAGGAGAUCUGAGUGACUCGUCGGCCUCCAGCCUGGCUGAACCAGAGUCCCCAGGAGCUGGGGGGACCAGCGGGGGAGCAGGAGGCGGGCCUGGGGUUCCAGACGGAAUGGGGCAGCGGCGCUACAGGACCCAGAUGAGCAGCCUGCAGCUGAAGAUCAUGAAGGCCUGCUACGAAGCCUACCGUACCCCCACCAUGCAGGAGUGCGAGGUGCUGGGGGAGGAGAUCGGGCUGCCCAAGAGAGUCAUCCAGGUCUGGUUCCAGAACGCUCGUGCCAAGGAAAAGAAGGCCAAACUGCAAGGGGCGGCCACUGCGGGGGCUGCAGCCAGCAGUGAGGGCCCCCCGGCAGCCCAGCGCACGGACUGCCCCUACUGUGACGUCAAGUACGAUUUCUACGUCUCCUGCCGAGGCCAUCUCUUUUCCCGCCAGCACCUGGCCAAGCUCAAAGAGGCAGUCCGGGCCCAGCUGAAGAGCGAAAGCAAGUGCUAUGACUUGGCCCCAGCACCCGAGGCACCUCCGGCUCCCAAGGCCCCACCUGCCACCACACCUGCCUCUGUGCCCCUCGGGGCCACCCCAGCCCUGCCUCGCCUGGCCCCGGUCCUCUUGUCUGGCCCGGCUCUGGCCCAGCCCCCGCUGGGCGGCUUAGCUCCUUUCAAUUCAGGCCCUGCAGCCUCCUCUGGCCUCCUCGGCCUUGCCACUUCGGUCCUGCCUGCUACCACAGUGGUCCAGACUGCUGGCCCAGCCCGCCCUUUACCUCAGAGACCCGGGCCCGACCAAACCAACACCUGUGCAGCAGCAGGCACCACCGACCCCGUCCCGGGCCCGCCUCCCGAGCCCCCAGGGGACAAGGUCUCUGGUGAACGAAAGCCGGCUGCGGCCCCCGCCAACUCCUCCACUGACGCCCUCAAGAACCUCAAAGCACUGAAGGCCACUGUCCCAGCCCUGUUGGGGGGCCAAUUCCUGCCCUUCCCAUUGCCCCCUGCAGGGGGGGCGGCUCCGCCAGCUGUCUUUGGCCCCCAGUUACAGGGCGCCUACUUCCAGCAGCUGUACGGCAUGAAGAAGGGGCUGUUUCCCAUGAACCCCGUGAUACCUCAGACCCUCAUUGGGCUGCUCCCCAAUGCCCUCCUCCAGCCACCGCCCCAGGCCCCCGAACCCACAGCCACAGCGCCUCCAAAGCCUCCUGAACUGCCCGCCCCAGGGGAGGGCGAGGCCGACGACCUGCUGACGGGCAGCCCCGGCAUCUCCACGGUGGAUGUGACUCACCGCUACCUGUGCCGCCAGUGCAAGAUGGCGUUUGAUGGGGAGGCCCCGGCUACUGCCCACCAGAGGUCCUUCUGCUUCUUUGGACGGGGCUCUGCGGGUUCCAUGCCGCCCCCGCUGCGGGUGCCCGUCUGUACCUACCACUGCCUGGCAUGUGAGGUGCUGCUGAGUGGGCGAGAAGCCCUGGCCUCCCACCUGCGCUCCUCGGCCCACAGGCGCAAGGCAGCCCCGCCCUCCGGGGGCCCACCCACCACUGUCACCAACGCUGCCACUGCUGCCACAGCUGCUGUGGCUUUUGCCAAAGAGGAAGCAAGAUUACCUCACACGGACUCCAACCCAAAAACUACUACUACCUCUACACUUCUAGCUUUAUAAACAGAGAAACCAAGAUAGGGAGAGGGGAGGGCCUCAGGGCGCCCUCUUUUGCCCCAAGGGGUGUUUGGGGGGAGCUCAGAUCCCUCACCCCAACCCUCGGCUCCGCCCACCUUGUGGGAAUCUCCACUCCGACCCUCCGUGGGCUUCACACCCCACCUCCAGCAGAGUCCCCCCUCUUCCCCAGACCCACACACAUGCACACACACCCUCAUCCACCAGUCCUCACAGAUGGAGCCCUCGGCCCAGCUCUUUCCUGAGGACUCACACGUGCCCGCCCACCAUAUGCAACAGCGAGCCUUGGUUCCAUCUUCCUCCCCACCGAACUCCCAGUGCGCCCCCAUUCCUGUAAACACACACACCACCCCGUGCUACUCCACUGAGGAAACACCAAAAAAAAAAAAAAAAAAAAAAAAAAGCAGCAGCAGCAGAAGCAGCAGAAGCAAACCCAAGACGAAGAGGGGGAGAAGAAAACAAAUGAACUUUGCCACUCCCUCUUCUCCUUCCUCCCCCUGUGAGAGCGCCACACCGCUCACAGACUUUCCAAAUACCCAGCUGGCUCCCAGGGCUGGGGCCCGGAGGGCAGGGAGCCCAUGGGACUCUAACCAAACUGGAGGUUGCGGGGAGACAUGGGGGCAGUGCUCCCAGUUUCUGCUCCCCGGCUCCCUCCUCCCAGCCCUCUCCUCCCUGCAGCCUGGACUCUGGGGCAAGCCGCUGCCAGGGAGCCCUCUGCCAGCCCCCUCCCUGCACCCUGGGAACUGCAGCAACUUAUUCUCAAAGGCUUUAAACAGAGAUCCUCCCAGCAGCUGUGGGCCUGCCCCUUGUCCUAGCCCUGUCACAUGGUGGGGGGGAGGGGUCCAGCUUCCGGGGACCAGCACUGCCCACCAACGGCAAAUCCAAAGUUCUUUUAAAAAAACUGAAACACACACACAACCAAAAAAAAAAGAAAAAAAAAAGAAAGAAACCCCAACUAAACAAAAACGAGAGUGCAUGUGCACAUAGGCACGGCGGAGAGAUGGAGAGACCAGAGGAAUGAACUAAAAAACUUGAAAAUACAGAGAAAAAAACUC